GCGGUCGCUAUGGCGAGCCGCGGGAAAGUUCUGAAGCUUUUUAAAUUAUUACACAGAACUCGACAAGAAGUCUUCAAAAAUGACACCAGAGCCCUUGAAGCUGCAAGACGAAAGAUAAAUGAAGAAUUCAGAAAUAACCAAGGUGAGACAUCUGAAGAGAAGAUAAAAGAGCUUCUGAAAAUAGCUUCAGAUGUUGAAGUGAUUCUCAGAACUUCUGUUAUUCAGGCAGUUCAUACAGAUUCUGGCAAAAUACAGCUGAUACCCAGGAAAGAUCUACUACAAGACAACACUCCUUACAUUGAUAAACCAACAAAAAAGCAUGAAUCCUAAGGGUAGAAUGCCCCUCUCCCUAGAACAUUAAUGUCCUAUAAGGAGAUCACUGAAAAAACAGUAGCAGAUACAUGUUACAAAGUUAAAUUUUGAGAAAAGUUAAAUAUCGUUACCAGGAAAACAGAAACUGAAACCAAGUCCUAGAUUUUACUGUGCAGUGAUCUCAUCAUGCACAUCUUCUGUGGAAGGUACUAACACUUGCACAGAAUCUCAAGAGGCACAGUUCUCUUACAUAUACACUGCUGAAUUAUGUUACUUCAGCCAGGAAUGCUUUUAAUUAUGACAGCCAUCAAAGAUCAUUUCUUAGCAAUUCAGAGUGUUUUUAAACUAAAUAUAAAUUAAAUGCUGUCCUUAAUCUUGGUAAUAUUUAUUUUAA